UUAGUAAUAGAAGCUGUAAUAAUUACACAUGAACAACCAAAGAUUUCCUUCAGAUUAUAGUAGCCAGGAGAUUAUGGAAGAUCACCCUUUUUGCACCAUGACUGAAGUUACAACGACAACCAAAAGGAAGCAGAAGAAGAACAAGAGAAGGUUCAGCGACGACCAAAUCCGAUCCUUGGAAUCGAUAUUCGAAUCGGAAUCCCGGCUCGAUCCUCCGAAGAAGGUUCAGGUGGCUAAAGACUUGGGAUUGCAGCAACGACAGGUUGCAAUAUGGUUCCAGAACAAGAGAGCCAGGCGGAAAUCAAAGCAGCUCGAACGCGACUACAACAACCUACUACAGAAUUACAACAAUCUAGAUUCCUUGUUCGAAGGCCUAAAGAAAGAAAAACAGGAUUUACUUUCUCAGUUGCAGAAGCUCAAGGAUUUGCGUAAGAAGCCGAAAGAGGAAAAACAAUGUUGUGGACAAGUAAAUAGUUACGAGGGAGAUGCAGUGAAGUCCGAGUCUGAAGAGCAGCGGAGUUUUUCAAUGGAAAGAUCGGAACAUGCACUUGAAGUGUUGUCGGAUGACGAUAGUGCCAUAAUGACGGGUUACUUUAGACUAGAAGAAGAGCCUCAACUUAUAAGCAUGGUGGAACCAGCUGCUGGUGCUUUAACAUCUCCGGAUGAUUGGCAAAGUUUUGAAUCCGAUGCUCUCUUUGAUCAGUCCGGUUGUGGGUAUCAGUGGUGGGAUUUUUGGUCUUGAACAAAUGAAAUAAUGAAGAAAAAAUUUGAAUGUAAAUAAUCUUCUAAGGUGUUGGGGAAAUGUAGCAAGCAGGGGACAUAGGAUAGGGGAAAUAUUAUGUAUCAGUUAAUCUAGAGAAAGAA